AUGCUGAUAUUAUUAAUUAUUACUGUAACAACUGGACGGCUCAUUACUAAUCUAAAUAAGGGAUGGAAUUUCAGAAGAUCUGAUAAUAGCACUUGGUAUCCUGCGAAUGUUCCAUCCACUGUUCAUAUGGAUUUAAUGGACAAUAAACUAAUAGACGAUCCUUACUUUGAGGACAAUUUGUUGAGUAUGUAUGAGUUGGAAUUGGAGGAAUGGGAAUAUAAGUUGGAAUUCACAAAUAAGGAAUUCGAUUAUGACAUUAAUGAGUUGGUAUUUGAAGGAAUCGACACUCAUGCUGAUGUGUAUCUAAAUGAUAUCCAAAUAUUAAAAGCCAAUAAUCAACACAGAACUUGGAGAGUGAUGAUCUAAAAUUUAUAGGCUUAAAACACCCUUAGAAUAUACUUUCAUUCUGCUGCCAAACACGAUCUGAUGAAGUAGUUAUAAGAUAGUCCACUCAACUUACCUUACAAUUAUACAUAUUCGAGGAAGGCAGCCUAUCAUUAUGGAUGGGAUUGGGGACCAAGAAUUGUAACUUGUGGCAUAUGGAAAGAUGUUUAUCUUGAUUAAUAUGAUUAUGGAAGAAUUGUGAGCAUGCAUGCCAAAGCACUUAAAAUAUAUGAGAAAAGUGUUGUUAUCGAAAUUAAUAUCGAAACUUUCUUAAUAAACGUUGGUACUUACACUAUCGAAGUACAAUUCAAGGGAUUGGAUGAAAUUACAAUCAACAAUCAAUACCCUUUAAAUGUUGUGAACACCAAAUUCUUAUAUAAUAUGACGGAUAUAUAAUUGUGGUGGCCAAUUGGAUAAGGCGAACAAAAAUUGUACUAAUUGUAGGCAUAUUUGAUUAAAAAUGAAUCAUAUGUCGAUUAUUUGAAAAUUACCACAGGCUUUCGAGUUGCACAGUGGAUUCAAGAAAAGGAUGGAGAUAACACUUAGACCUUUAAAUUUAGAAUCAAUGGAAGAGAUGUGUAUUUGAAAGGUGCCAAUUACAUACCACCAGAAAUGUUUUUACCUCGAGCCUUGAAGAAUUCAACAAUAUAUGAGAGAAUAUUUUAGGAUUCAAUAGAUGCUGGUUAUAACGGUUUAAGAUUUUGGGGGGGAGGAUAAUUUGAAUAUGACAUCUUUUAUGAACUUGCUGAUAAAUAUGGGAUCAUCAUUUGGCAUGAUCUUAUGUUUGCUUGUGCCAUGUAUCCAGGAACUGAUGAUUUUAUUGCCAAUGUUUAGGCAGAAAUAAAAGAUAAUGUCAAAAGACUAAGAAUACAUCCCUCUAUUGUUUUAUGGAAUGGAAAUAACGAGGUAGAAAUAGGAUGGAGAGAAUGGGGUUGGAAGGCGAAGAGAAAGGAAUCAGAGAUUUAGAUGCUUCAGAUAUGGUACAAUACAUUGUUUUUGUAAGCUAUCCCAAAUGUUCUUAAUGAAAUACAUCCAGAAAUAUAUUAUUGGCCUACAUCUCCAUCUACUUCUGUUAAUGAUGUAGAGCGUUUAGGAUUUGGAGACAUUCAUUACUGGGGAGUCUGGGCAGCUAAGCAUUAAAUUGAGAAUUAUACUAAAUUCAUAGGCAGAUUCAAUAGUGAGUAUGGCAUGUAAGCCAUGAUUGAUGUCAAUAAUUUUAAGAAGGCCGUCCCCAAACAGUAUGAUUUGAACUUCGAUUCCCCAGUGUUUCAGAUUCAUGAAAGACAUGUAAGAGGGAUUCCAUUAAUCAAAGAAUACUUAAAAAACUAUACUAACUAUAAUAGUUAUUCCCAUUCCUUUUUACAAUUAACCUAUUUCUCUUAAAUUAUCCAACAUUUAGCUUUGCAAACUGCCAUUACAUCCUUAAGAUCUGCCAAACCAUACAAUAUGGGUACCUUCUAUUGGCAAAUUAAUGAUGUAUGGCCGGUGAUUUCUUGGGCCUCGGUAGAUUACUAUGGUUGCUGGAAAGGAGGACAUUAUGCUGCAAAGAAGUUCCACUCAGAUCCAGCUCUUUCAGCUAUUUAAAAUGAAGAUCAGAUCCAAGUCUACUUAAUAAAUGAUAAUGCUAUUAAUUACUCUGGAAAUGUGACUUUAGAGUUGAGACAAUAUAAUGGUUUUAUUGUUAAGUCAUGGGAAUAUAAGUUUCAAGAGAUCUCUUAAAAUGCUUCUAAGAGACUUUUGAAUUAUUAUAUUCAAAAUUACAACUAAACAUACAGAUCCUUAUAUUUGUAGAUGAAUUUUUAUUGUGAUCAAAAAAAUUGUGAUUAUCGUGGAGUGUACAAUUUUGGCAGACCUAAAGAAUGGCAGCUCUAAAAACCAGAUAUUUCUUAUACUUUAAAAGGUAAUACAAUUACUUUUAUAUCUAAAUCAUUGGCUAAAUAUGUUUAUAUAUAUAGUAAUUCGGAAUGCAUCAAUCUCUCCGACAAUUUCUUUGAUUUAUCCCCUGAUGUUCCUUAUAUGGUAAUUAUGAAGGAAUCCAAAAAGUUUAGUUUCUUCAGUUAUUAUGAUAUAUUGGUUACUGCAAUCAAUAAUGAGCUUCUGUUAUUGAAUGAAGGAAUGGCAGCACUUAUUUUGUAUAUGAUUUUAUGAUUAACAUUAGAUCUGAAAGUGAUUGAGACAUUCUUUUAUAUUAAAUAAAUAAAAAUGAUUGAUAUCUUAA